UGUAUGGAGAGCAACCCGGGCUGUUAGCAGUUCCCAGGGGGUGCUCCAGGCACCCAUCCAGCCCUCUCAUCUGCUCCUUGCAUUAAGAGAAAUGUCAUUAACUGAUACCUAAGACCACAGAUAGCUUUCUUUUUUUUUUACCCAACCUUUUACUGCCUAAAAUUAAAAAGGCACUUUUCCCUGGCACAGUGUGCCAGCAGGGCGCUGUGGGCUAUGGGGAUGGUCCAUAGGGGCAUGAGGAACAAUGCAUUGAGUCUGUGUCCCCAAACACAGUGCGUGGAUGGGGUGACAGUGGCGAGAAGGGAACUUGGUGCUUGCAUUUCGGCUCCCUGGCGCUGCAGGGAUGGCUGUGUCCCGUGGAUGGACAGCUCAGCCCAUGGCACCGCGAGGCGCCGUGCUGCAGCCGCCGGUGAGGGUCGGCUCCGGGCUGAGGAAACGAUGCCAGCGUUCAUAAAGCAGCUGCACAUCCACAGGCUUUUAGUGAAGAAGUCAUGAAUAAUUGAGCUCCUGUUCGCUAGGAAGAAAAUAACCUAAUAGGGCUAAUGGAGCGCCGCUCAAAAACUUGACUCUGGGGGGACUUGUGUUCACCAAUUGCUUUGGAUGCUCUGCGCCGACACUCCCCUCCACGAAAAAAACCACAGCUGUGCCUCCCUUAUAGCUGUCUGAGGGAACCCUAACAGCCAGAGCUUUCCCUUUUAAUGAGCAGGAACCCCAGAAGCCGGGUGAGUCCGAGGCACCAGGGCAGCACUCGGGGCUGUGAGCGGGCGCUGCGCUCUCUACUGGGGGCUGCAGUGUAACACUGAGCUGCUUGGCUGGGGAGGGCUUCGUUUGGGCUUCUUAUUGCAGUUGUUGUUGCAGGCUGUGACACCCUGGGCGAUGGGUUGGGACUGAGGCAGCACUUCACACCUCAUUCCCCUGUGCUGCUCUGGGGCCCACUGGGCUGGGGAUGUGGGCACAGGGUGAUUGCAGCACACAGAGCCCAGAGGGGGUGCUCCCACCGUGGCACAUCACUGCCCGGCUGCAGCAGCUUCUCCAGCCCCGGGCUGAGCCGUUGCUUCUCGCUCUUCAGUUUGCAGAAAGUUUGUGCUAAUGAGCUGCCCGUGGGUGCGCCCGGUGCUCUCCCUGCUGCAUGGCGAUGUUGCUCAGCCAAAAAUCACAGAGGUGUCAGCUCAGGGCACGCCAUUAAUUACUGCCUCGCUGCUCCGAGCGGCUCCAAUCGUCCCCCUCCGACUCCAUCCGCCGCUUUAAUUUAAUUGCACUGAGAUGAAGCCGGAGAAGCAGCGCUUUGCACUCCAACGGCUGCACAGUGAGGGGCAGCUGGUGGGGUUGUGUGUGAGAUCCAUCAGCUCAGAGAAGGGCUCAGUGCUGGCACUGCAGAUCUGAGGGGUGCUGGAGGUUGGGGGGUUUUGCUUUCAGCCCUAUGGCCCCACUGCAGAGACAUGGGGACACACGGGGAGUGCUGUGCUCAGCUCAUCGCCGCAGUGGGUGCUUCGUGGCUUUGGCCUCAGGUGGGGGAUCCUCUUUGUGCAUUUCCCUGUGCUUUAGGAACACUCUGGGUUCCUUCCCUGCACACGAGGAGCUCCAAAGCAUUUUCAAAAAGCAUUGUUUAUUGCAGGAGCUCCCUGGGGUUUUUGGUAAUUCCUUGCAAGCUAAAGCUCUUUCUUUCCCAUUCUUGCUUUUUUCUUGAGGUCAUACUUGAGUACAAAAGCGCCCUUUGUGCCAUAGAACUGCUGUGAGAUUGAACUUCACAGGAAAAGGAAAGGAUGCCCCAUGGCAGUGGGGUGCAGGCAGGCCUCACCCUUAUACCUGUGCUGUGUGCACGGUGUGACCUCCUUCCCUUCCCUUGCUCGCUACUGUGCCGCAUGUCCCGUUUCUUUGGCACCAUGGCUUUCCUGCUUCAGCCGGUCAUUGUGCUACCUACAGCCGCGUCCUCCUGCCAUCCCCAUGCCCUGCACAGCACUGUGGGGUCCGGGGACAUCCAAGUGUCCCCACUGCCCGCUGAGCACCGCUGCUCACCCCGCAGCCCCCGCGCUCGGGCAGCAGGAUGCUGUCCAUGACGUACAGCGAGAGCCUGCGCAGCGUGGCCAGCCGGCACCACGCAGAAUGGGGGCUGCAGCCGCCGCGCCGGGCGGAUGCUUUGGAGCUGCGGCGGCUGCGGGAUGUGCGUGCAGCAGCACAGGCCAAGACUUUGGAGGAGUUCCUGCGGACACACGGGCUCUCGCUGGACGGCUGCACGGCGCACGCCACGGGCAUGAGGUACAGAAAUCUGGGCAAGUCCGGGCUGCGUGUAUCCUGCCUCGGCCUGGGGACAUGGGUGACGUUCGGAGGGCAGAUCACGGAUGAGAUGGCCGAGCAGCUGAUGACUUUAGCGUACGACAACGGCAUUAAUCUGUUCGACACGGCAGAAGUCUACGCUGCCGGCAAGGCUGAGGUCAUCCUGGGGAACAUCCUCAAGAAGAAGGGCUGGAGACGAUCCAGCCUGGUCAUCACCACCAAGAUCUUCUGGGGAGGAAAAGCAGAGACGGAGCGGGGACUGUCCCGAAAGCACAUCAUUGAAGGUCUGAAGGCGUCGCUGGAGCGGCUGCAGCUGGACUACGUGGACGUGGUGUUCGCCAACCGGCCCGACCCCAACACACCCAUGGAAGGGCACCCAUUUAGUUCUUCCAAGUCGAGAACAUUCAUCAUAGAAGAGACGGUGCGCGCCAUGACACACGUCAUCAACCAGGGCAUGGCGAUGUACUGGGGAACGUCACGCUGGAGCUCCAUGGAGAUCAUGGAGGCGUACUCAGUGGCACGGCAGUUCAACCUGAUCCCACCGAUCUGCGAGCAGGCCGAGUACCACAUGUUCCAGAGGGAGAAGGUGGAGGUGCAGCUGCCUGAGCUCUUCCACAAGAUAGGUGUCGGUGCCAUGACCUGGUCCCCGCUGGCGUGUGGCAUCGUCUCGGGGAAGUACGAUGGUGGCAUUCCUCCGUACUCCAGAGCAUCACUGAAGGGAUACCAGUGGCUGAAGGACAAGAUCCUGAGCGAGGAGGGCCGGCGGCAGCAGGCCAAGCUGAAGGAGCUGCAAGCCAUCGCCGAGCGCCUGGGCUGCACGCUGCCACAGCUCGCCAUCGCGUGGUGCCUGCGCAACGAGGGCGUCAGCUCCGUGCUGCUGGGAGCCUCCAACGCCGACCAGCUGAUGGAGAACAUCGGAGCCAUACAGGUCCUUCCCAAGCUGUCGUCUUCCAUCGUCCACGAGAUCGACAGCAUCCUGGGCAACAAACCCUACAGCAAGAAGGAUUACCGCUCCUAGGCGCGCCCCGCCGCGCCGCCCCGCCGCCCGAUCGCUUGCUUAUGCUUGGAUGAAGCAAAGUGGAGAGCGCGGACCGCAUCAAGAACAGCACGCCGAGAGUGUAGAGAAACCGUUCCAAACGUCGCUGCAAGAGAACAUAACGCUUAUUACAUAACAUUUAAUUUGAAUGCAAGGAAGCCACCGCCGGGGAGAGCGCCGGGGCUGAGCGCACCCCGCGGCCGGACUCGGAGCCGCAGGGCCGGGCUGGGCGCUGUGCUCGGGGGGCUCCGUGCGUUGGACUCAGCCGGCGGGGGCCGUCCUGGGCGGCGGCUGCGGCCGUUGCAUGCGCCUCCCCGCUGCUUCUCUUCUUUACUUUGUGUUUCUGGACAUGGAGGCCGUUGGGUGCAGGUGUGCAGGGCUGGAUGCUGGCCCAGACCUGAGCCGGGGCUGUAAGAGGCUGCAUCGCCACCGACAAAACCAACACCUCCCGGCGCUCCGCUCUGCAGCCCCAGCGCACCGACAUGGGGUGGGAGCGAGGGAGGAGAGACGGGGAGGAGAAGAGGGGUGGGCAACGGGAAGCAUGAGAGGGGGGGACUCCACACAGCUGGUCUCACCCUCUGUGCAGGGGAAGCAGCACACGCUGCUGAGUGGAGAUGGGGAGGUGAAGCACACACCGGGAUAGAUAAGAGAGAGCUGCAAUUGUUAUGUGUCUGCACAAACCACACAGAAACACAGAAGCAGGUGUGUGGAAUUGCGUAUCUACAUGCAUCCGGAGGUGACUUCCAGAUGUGCCACAUGUGUUGCACACAUCCUGCAAGCACAUACACAUACAUGUAUACAGACAGUGUGUGUCCACCCAGCAGCACUUCACCUGGUGCUGCUGCCCAGGGGGGGCUGGCUCCUGGCCCUUCCCUCCCCAAGCAUUGUGCUCAUCUCCCACCUUGAUCCCAGGGCUGGAAGAGCAGAGCUCCCCUCAUUGCCAGCACAAUAACGACGCUGCUCCCACCUCCUUUUUACAGGAUUUAUUAAAACACAGAGAACAUGAACCAAAACACACAGAGUACAAAGUAAAUGUGAGUGUGUUGGUUACAGGUGCCAUAAACCUCCUACGAAAGGUCACCACGGUGCAGUAUCACAAAAUAGCAGCCCACCAGGCACAAAGGCAGCAGUGCAGCCGCCCUCUGCUCUGCUGCAGCAGCCCCCACGACACCCCCCACCCCCACCCAGCUCCAGGCAAUUUGUGGCCAUAGAGAGGAUGGAAGGAAGAAGCAGGAGGAGCACAAUGUCCAGCACAGCCCAACCGUGCCCUCCCCACUGCAGCAUGGAGAGGGCAGGCUGCAGGCAGAGGGACCCCGGGGCAGGGCUCACUGCAGCCCAGGGAUGGGCUGGGAGACUCCUCUCCUCCUCCUCUCUGCUCCCCGUGCUGCAGCAGGGCAGGGCAGGCAUGCGCUUGCUCAAACACAAAAAGGACAUAAAAAUAGAACUUACAGGGAAGCUACUGAACAGGAGUAAGCUUGGCGCCUAACGGUCAGCGUGGAACUGGACUAGAAACAGAGCUUCCAACAGGUCUCCCUUUAACUCUGAUACAUGUCAAUAAAAACAGACAUAAAUACUGUUA